AUGUCGUUGACCCAAGUUAUCAUCCGUGGUGCAGCGGGGCCAAGUGAUUCAAUAGAUCGAUGGCUAAUGCUUCUAUUACGCGGUGAUUACCAUUAUGAUCUCGAUUUGGACAGAUCUCGUGGUCAUGUUGUUUGGGCAAUUGCCGGAUUUCUGCAAGAAUAUGUGAGUUUGAUCGAUCGGAUUGUAGAAAUCAUUGGUGUGGAAAGUGCAUUGGAAUUCUGCCACCUGACUGAAGACAUUGAGAAUUCAGGCGGCUUGUACACCGUGGAUGGAACACGGCGCCGAACUCCCUGUGGUACUUUCUUAUUCCUUAUUCGACACUCUGAGCGCGUUCCCAAUUUUGAAAAAGAGAUAAUCUUUAUGGGCCCCAAGAAGGCUGUCAAAAAAAGUGAAACGGUCCUAGUCUCUAAUGCAUCAGCAUGCUUAAUGACCGUUGGAGAUGUAAAGGAUGACACCCCAAGGAUCUCUUUUUCCUUCAAUGCGCCACCAGAACAGCCGGUUCUUCUUUACACUUUUCACCACUUUAAUCUGCCGACACGCAACUUCAACACGCGUGAAUUUUGCGCGGACUUUGAGUGCCAGCUUACCAAAAGGAAUGGCGACCUUAUUAGCGAGAUCAAGGCUUCGUGUCGUGACAACUCGAAUCCUAACCUCUAUGGUCCCAUUGUCACCGUCCCUGAGGCAACGAACGUCACUUGUUCCAUCAUCUGGUACUACCCCGAGGACAAGAGUCUCCUUAAUGGCUCCAUCAAGUUGAUGUUCGUUUCUGCUUAUAACGGCGACUGUGCAGAUGGUCCUUCCAUUUGGAACAACUCUUCCUCGUGGUGCAACGUCGAAUUGAAGGGCUUGGUUGAUCUUGAAUAUGUGGAGACUCACCCGGUUCUAUGUCUAGAGAGGACUGUAGUAACGCAAGUCUUCAAUACCACCUGUUUAGGCUACAUUGAACGUCCACCGUUCUACUCCCCUCUAUCCGUAAUCAUCAUCAUCAUCUGCACGCUAGCAUUUUUCCUGAUCCUCCUAAUCAUAGUUCUUUGCUGCAUUCGCAAGCGCAUCGCGCGUCGGAAAAUCCGCAAAAUGCAGAAGACGGCUGACCUUAGGGCUAAUCAGCAACGCAGUAAUUCAAAUUUUCAAUCAGGGAAGGAUCUCCGACAGCCUUGUGAAGUUAACAUGAAUGCGACUCCACAGAAUGGAUGUUAUUUCCCAUCGUCUAAUGGACUACACAAGGAUGUUGCCUCGGAGGAUGCCGAGAAUGCGGACUUGAAGGAAGCUGAGAAGGGUGAGACUGAGCCAUUGAAUGCGGUGAAUAUUAAUGCCCUGGUGGUGCGAACAUGA